UUCGGUUACCAAAGACCGCGUCCUCGACUCACUCUGUAUUGGUAUGCGCUCUGGAGUCAAGGACAAAAAGUCGCAUUCCAGAUUCUUGCUCAGAAAACCAUUUCCAAGAAACCACAGAAAGACACUGCUCAGACUCAAAAUGCACCGGUGGAUGCCAACUUGUACUACAUUUCAUUACCGAAAAGAAUGUGGACCAUCGUAGAGAGCGAUAUUAUAGAAUCAAUCAAAUGGGACCAGACCGGAAUGUACAUAGUGAUAGACGAGUAGCUGUUCACGUCGGAGGUGCUGAAACGCACUGAACCACCCAAAAUCUUUCAAACGACUGUCUUGAAGAGUUUUAUGCACCAACUCAACAUCUAUGGCUUUAAAAUAACUUUCCCUGGUAUCGAGAGAUCGACUUCACUAAGCACCUUUAUUGCUGAGGAAUACAAAGCAUGCACAUUUUUUACCUUGCCAUUACAAUACUACUCCAAUCCCAAUUUCUGCCAAGGACUCAAACAUCUCCUACCCCAAAUGAAGAGAUGUGUGCUGCUCAAAUGCACGAGGCUUGGCACAGGAGGGAGAAGUUGGGUAACAGCGCUGGCCACCAGCAUAGUCCAAGCUUGGCAGACACAGGCAACGCAACUCUGACUAGGCUGAACUGCAGAGCUCCACUCUUAAGCACUUCAGCCAUGUCGUUGGCCCCAUACGUCUGCACUCCAGCCCAGGAGGCUGAGCGGAGUGAUGACAGCAGCAGCUCCAGCAGCCGCAGCACGGGCUUACUACCCAAGCUGAUCUCUGUCCUCAAAGAGAUGUCUGGGGAGUUGCAGAUUCAGAGUAAUUCCCAAGCAUCUUGUCAAGCCCAGCACCAGACCCACAUGACCACCUUCGGUCUACAACUAGUGAUGGCAGGAAUGGCACCCCCACCCUCUUUUACCCCCAGGGCUUCACCUCACAGAGCUCUAAUGA